CUCGGUUGCUGGGAUGAUGGCGGCGGGGACUGGCAAGCACAAAUUGCUGAGUACUGGCCCAACCGAACCAUGGUCAAUUCGAGAAAAGUUAUGCUUGGCAUCAUCAGUGAUGCGGAGUGGAGAUCAGAACUGGGUAUCAGUUAGCAGAGCAAUUAAACCUUUUGCAGAACCUGGACGGCCGCCGGAUUGGUUUUCACAAAAGCAUUGUGCAUCGCAGUACUCUGAAUUGUUGGAAACAACAGAAACACCCAAACGGAAGCGUGGUGAGAAGGGAGAAGUUGUGGAAACUGUGGAAGAUGUAAUUGUUCGCAAGCUCACCGCUGAGCGAAUUGAUGAACUAAAGAAACUUAUUAAAGAGACUCAAGAGAAAUACAGAAAGGUGAAGAGAGAAGCAGAGCUGAUCCAGGCUGGCCAUGUGGAUAGCAAGCUUCAGGAAACAUGGAAUGAAAUUGCUGCGAAGAAGAAACUUGAAGAGGAGGAGGCUGAAAUGAAAAGGCGUGCAACAGAAAGUGCUUAUCAGGCCCGUCAAGCAGCAAAAAAUGCCCCCAAGAGAUUGACUAAUUUGCCUAUCCGGUCUCCAAUGGAGUCGAAUUCUCCUGGAAUAGACUAUUCUGUGACAGAUACACAACAGGCCAGUGAGGACAGCCACACUAGUUUGGUGUCGAUGAACAUUGGAAGUGCUCCGACUAUUCCAGUGAUCUCAGCCCCUGAGACUCCUGGACCUGCUGUUACCUCCACUAAUCUUGAAACUCCUCUGACUCCUGUUUUGGAGGAUUCGCCCCAGAAAAAGUUAUUGGGGCAGAAGGCCACGCCUCCACCCUCUCCACUGCUAUCUGAGCUCCUGAAAAAAGGGAGUCUCCUGCCUACCAGUCCUAGGCUUGUCAGUGAUGUUGAUCUCCAGAUGAACUCUACGCAUGUUACUAGUCCCAAUGUUCAUGUUGAAAUGGGAACAGGAGUAUCAACCCUGCAUGUUCCAGAGCUGCAGCCAACUUGUACCAGUGUACCAGUAUCUCCAGCACCUACAGGAGCCCCUACUCUGUCAAGGCUUUUGGAGGUCGGCCUCUCGCAGUUCACAUCACCUUUCGUUCCUUUCUCUACCACCAGCCGUGAGGCACCACCUCCAGUUAAACCUAUGCAAAUUCUAACUGACCAGGUGUAUUCAGCCACCACCGCAACCAUGACGCAGAAGAACAGCAGGACAGUUGAGGAAACCACCAUUUGUGUUCAGGUAGAGAGUUGUGUGGAGCAGCCAGCUCUCUCAGUAUCCGGAGAUCUGGCCAGUUUCUCUGUGUUAAUUGACUCUGGAGAAAGCAGGUGUCUGCCGCCUGGCACUCUGCAGAUUGCAAGACAAAGAGAGAACGUAGCAGAUCAGCACCGGUCAAAGCAACUUGAAGGCAGUGUUAAUACUGGAGUAUCUGAUUAUGCCAGCGUACUUCAUUUGGGAAACCCUGCAGACAUCCUAGCAAUUAUUGAAGAAAAGGUUGAGGAAACACCAGAGCUGAUUGACCUUCCUCCUGAUGUUGGAGAGCGGAUAGCGGCUGCUGAGGGAAAUCCUGCCUCCCUCUUUCAGGCAGAACAGAUGAUAAAGGAGGAAACUGAAGAAAUCCAGCCACAGACUCACAAAUCAGAGCGCCGAUCCAGUGAAGAGACGCAAAUUUUGGCUGGAUUGGACUCUGCUGACAAUUUAGUUAUCAAAGGAAUUAAGCAGGAAUUACCAGAGCAAGUCGAGCAAGAGCAAGAUCAGGAGGAAGAAUCCAAUUCAGGACACUUGCAACAAAUGGGAAAUGCAGGAAAAAUGACAACUUUUCGAGGCCUGAAAUCCGAGGUACUUGGAAUGGAACAUGCUUUGCCGAGGAGUACCAUGCGAAGUAAAAGCACAUCUGAGGAAACAUCACAUCCCUUGCCACGGAGCACUGCACGAAGCAAAAGUACCUCUGAGGAAAUUGGACACAUGUCACCCAGGAGCAUAACACAGUGCAAAAGUACUUCUAAUGAAGUGGGACAAUCUGAAAUUGUAGAAGCCACAAAGGACGAGUCUGGAUUAGUUUUAAAGGGCCAAAUCAAGCUGCAGGAUAUGCUUAUUCCCAAAGAGGAAGAUGGAGCUAGUGAAGCUGCCAGUGUGGAUGAGACCAGGGAGGAGGAACCAAAUGAGGUUUAUAUGUCAGAAACAGAUAAUGAACCACCUGUCAGUGAGAGUGACGAUGGAUUCAGCAUUCACAAUGCCCAUCUGCAAUCAUCAGUUCUUGCUGAUUCAAUACCAAGCAGCCCAGCUUCCUCACAGUUUUCAGUUUGCAGUGAAGACCAGGAAGCCAUUCAAGCUCAGAAAAUUUGGAAGAAGGCUAUUAUGCUAGUAUGGAGAGCAGCUGCUAAUCACAGAUAUGCCAAUGUAUUCCUUCAGCCAGUAACAGAUGAUAUUGCCCCAGGAUAUCACAGCAUUGUACACAGGCCAAUGGAUUUGUCAACAAUCAAGAAAAAUAUAGAGACUGGUCUAAUUCGCACAACAGCAGAGUUUCAGCGGGACAUAAUGCUGAUGUUCCAAAAUGCAGUGAUGUAUAAUAGUUCUGACCAUGAUGUGUAUCAUAUGGCAUUAGAAAUGCAACGAGAUGUCUUAGAACAAAUUCAGCAAUUUUUAGCCACUCAAUUAAUAAUGCAGACCUCAGAAUCUGGAAUCAGUGCUAAGAGCCUGCGUGGGCGUGAUUCAACACGAAAGCAGGAUUCUGCAGAGAAGGACAGUGUCCCAAUGGGCUCUCCUGCCUUCCUUCUCUCUCUUUUUCCAGCAACAGCAAGCGCUGUGACCUAUCUGAUGACAAAAUACUGUUAACGAUCUCUGCAAAGCAGUUAAUUGCUUUUACCAGGAUGGUGGUACAAGAGGACGUCGCUGUGCGAUUGAAGCAGAUAUGAAAAUGAAGAAGUGACUCUCUCCAAUUGGACUUGAUGUGAAAUGUGCAGCACUGUAUGAAGCUGUACUACCUUCAUCUGUAUGGAUGGGAAUAACUUGUACAGCCUCAUUUUAGUGUACAGUUUUUGUUCUGAGAACAAUGUAUGUGCUGAAUAAAAUUAUUCAAACAGCCUGAAAGGCUUUGUGACUUUUGGAACGUUAUAUAACAAAUGAAUUUAUGUUAAUAACUAUGGGAAACAGAACAGCUAUCACUCACAUUAAUUAGCUUUGGGAAGUUUUGGGGAAUUUCUAUUUAUGUUGGAAGUGGCGCAUUGCAUUUGUGCAUUGCUUGAGCUUUUUAAAGAAGGACUUUUUCUUGAAUAUCCAUCAUAGGUUUUGAAGUUUAAAUUUCUUUGUUGAAUUGCCUCUGUAAUCGGGUAAGUACCUUCUGUUAUGAGUGGAAAUAUGAAAUUUAAAAUGGUUUUUAUAGAAUUUCAGAUUUCUAAGUUUGUUACAAGAUAAAAAGUUGCAAGAAUAAAUUAUUAUUAAUAUUACAGAGCAGGCCUUCAAUACAAUUCAAAUUUGAAUAUGCAUAAUAACUGAGUUGUAUAGUCUGUAUAGGAUGAUGGUAGAUUAUGCUGCAUCUUUCCAGUUAAAUGAUUCAGCUUAAACUGUGAGGUAUACUAUUAUUAAAUUCCAUUUAAUAGUGUUGAUAAUAUUAGAAGGUGUGAUUGUUAUAUCAAAAUGUGCAGCAAUACACAUUUAUAAAAUUUGGUUCAAAGAGUAUUGUUGGAGGAUGCUUCAAAGAAGCUAUAUUCUACUGUCAGCCCCCACUAAAAUGGAUUAAAGGUUUUGAUGCUUGUACUAUUUGCCGACACUGGGUAAAUGUUCUGUGUCACUUAUCUUCAUGAACACAAUGCCCGAAAGAUAAAUUUCUAGCAAAAUUUGAGUUCUCUUCUUCAGGUGUGUUAUUUUCAUUGUGCAUGCAUAAUAUGUAUGUGCAUGGCAACAUAACACUGUCAUACAUGAUAGUUAAUUUUGUUACUUAUGGCUUAAUCAUUUACAAUAGAAAUGCACUUGUUAUAUUGCAUUAUAUUUUAAAUUAUCUGAAUUCCCUUCUAGUUUUAUAAAAUUUACAUGAAUAAAGGAAACUGAACUAGUCUGAACAUUGGUCCCCAUAUCUAUGAAGUAAUUUAAAUAAAUCGUUGAUUAAACAUUUGAUGUAGAAUCUAAAUGCUGGUUGUCCAUUAGCUUCCAAGCGAUGUGUCCCAUCAUAUUGAUAUGUAACAUCCCAGCAGAAGAAAUGCCAGUAAUGUUUAUUACAUUUGCAAAUAUUUGAAUUUGUCUUUCUCAUUAUGUAAAUAAAAAUUUACAGUGCAUGGUAAAUAUGCUAGGUUACUAUAUCUGCAUCCAUUAUUUUUAUCUGAAACCUUGUAUUAAUUACUGUAUGUCUGAUCCUUUAAUAUGAUAUAAUUAAAGUAUAAUUAUGAUCUUACUGUCGUGUCAU